AUGAAUGGUAUGGUAAAAAUCAACAUGGCGCCGUCCGCACCUGAAGAUAUUUCACUUUCGAGUUUUUUACUUGGAUUGACAUCUCUUCUCCUUUAUAUUCUUUUUAGUUCAUGUGAGACUUUGCUCAAUUUAUGGAAGGAAUGGUGGAUAUGUAUUUAUAUAGUUUACGUGGUCCUGAUAAACUGUGUCGUCUGGAUUUAUUUCAACUCUAAGGACGCCUACAAGAUUGCUGUAAGAGGAAGUUUUCUUGGCUCAGUUUGUGGUCUAGGAUUGAUCAUUAAUUUUCAUACAUGGCAAUGGCAGCAUUUUGGGUGGUACCUCACUUGUUUGAGUAUUUUUCACUGGUCGGAAUAUUACACUACAGCUGUGACAAAUCCAAGGUCAUUAACACUGGAGUCAUACCUUUUAGAUCACAGUACAGAAUAUAAGAUAGCUGCAGUUGCUAGCUGGAUAGAAUUUACUUUAGAAUGGUAUUUAUUCCCAGGUAUGAAGCAAUUUAGAUACAUCAGUUUGUUUGGAUUAUUGUUGACAGUUGUUGGAGAGAUUGUACGUAAAGCCAGUAUGAUUACAGCAUCUACAAACUUUAAUCAUUAUGUACAGUAUAGAAAACAGCGAGAUCAUCAGCUAGUCACACAUGGUAUAUACUCUCUAUGUAGACAUCCGUCUUAUGUUGGCUGGUUUUUGUGGAGUAUAGGAACACAGGUUAUACUGUGUAAUCCAGUAUGUCUGGUAGGAUAUACAAUAGUAUCUUGGAGAUUCUUUAGAGAGCGAAUCUUUGAAGAGGAAAUUUACUUACUCAACUUUUUUGGUGAAGAUUACGUUGACUAUCAGAAUCGUGUAGGAACAGGUCUUCCAUUUAUAUCAGGGUAUAAAGUGAAAUACUAAACUGCCUGACACUAUGAUUUAUAAUGUAAUAAUAUUAUGAUGAACACUUUACUGUCUAGUUCAACUAAAUCUUUUUCAAAGUGAAUAAUGUUUAAUUUUUAGGUGAACUUUU